AUCGACCAAGUCGCGAUGCAUCCCGCGUGCAUCCCGCGUGCAUCUCGCGCUGCACUAGAGAGGUGGAGCGGGUCUCGUUCGGGACAGCCUUCCCUCGCCUCGAGAAAGCGUUCCUUGCGUAAACUCGAAGAAUUCAGGUUAAAUCGCGAUCCCUAUAGGGCACGUCGAGUUUUGCGCUCGUUUACGAGCCGACCGGUACCGCCGAUCACCUCCAAUUACGGAACGUUAACGCUCGGCACGAAAAGUGGCACUUGCCUCCUCCACGAGUGCGACUGCAGUCGGAUCGGCUGCAAGUGCCGACUUUCGCCAAAAGGAGGGCCGAGUCCUUCGACGGUGAUUCUCGAGAUGCAGCCCGAAGGAAGACCUCGUCUCGGGAAACCUGCAUCGGCCUGGAUAUCUCAAACUUGCCCAGCUUUCGACUCCUGGAACGCGAUGGCUGAAAUCGGCCCCACCUUUCCCUCCUCCUACUUUCCCUCCUUCUCUCCGGAUUUUUAAUAUUUCGCGUGGGUACGCAAGCUCCGACCCCGCCGAUCUCUAGUGCUCGGUCGGGCCUUGCCGCAUCGCUUAGCGGUUUCGGAUCCCGGGGGAUCUUUCUCCCUCGAAAAUGCGCAAUUCGAGGAGAAUCGACCGAUAAAUCGUACCCGUCUCCCUCGAUAUACCUCGUGGUCGCGAUUACGGCCCGCGCGGGGAUUGCAGAAGACCUGGGGCACCUCUGUGCGGAACGCGUCCCGUUAAUGCGAGUUUCGCGAAGAUAAAUCUUCGUUUUUUCUGAAGAGGAACCCCCCUGUCCCUCCCACGCGUUGCAUCGUUUAGUGCAGUCGCUGCAUCCGAUGCCCGGAGCCGACUCGAUCGACCGGAUUGGCUGCAUCGAUCAGCUCGACGAGUCGAUCGACUCGAUCGACCGAUAUAUUGUAGCGACUCGCAGGCCGAGCGGUUAAAUCGAGCUCUUCCGUGAUGUUGUGUUUACGCUUUGUCUGAAAAAAAAAAAAAUCUGUCCGCGCGGAUUUAUUGUAUCUAUCUUCGCCUCGAGUCGCGCCGGAUUGGAUUCGAGACCGCCCGGGUGUCGCCCUCGAAUCGGAGAGAGGGACUUUCCGACUUUCUUCCGGGACCACCUCGAAGAGGAGAACAAUGAGUCGUUUGCCGAGAGAAUCGCCGUGCCGAGGCCAUUCCGUCCUGCCGUCACGUCUCGAAAGCCGAUCCGCCUGGAGGAAACGUGGGUGUUCGAACUCGGAAGGGGACGGUCGAGGGCGGGCACUCUUCCAGGCCGGAAUGUCCGAGUAACGAUCGCCGCAUUUUGCGGGAAUCCUCGCCAGGACGAUCGCGCAAGUCCUUCCCUUCCUCCCCAGAGGAAGGACCGCUAGUUUACCCAGGGAAGGUAAAAGGAAAAACCGUAAACCGAGUCGCGAAGAAAUCCUCAGGCCGCGGAAUAUCGUUACCGCGGUGGUGAAAAAAAAAGGAAAAAAAAAAAGAAUUUCGCGACACCAAUAUUCUUGUCACCGAUCAUGUGUCAAGAAUAAUGGAAACGCCUCCUAGGCGGUUUGAUCGUUGACCGGCAUCGAACGAUAUCAAACACAACCGAAGGUGAAGGUUAAGAGCACGUCGAUUCGGCGCUCGUAACGAGCACCUAGCACAAAGACGUCAUACAAUUUGCAUUAAUGUUCCCGUCGUCGCGUAAAAACGUAAUCGGCUCUCGAGGACUUGCAUUCUAUGAGCGCGCGUGGAAGUGUCGGUGCCUUGAAAAUUCCUGAACAACUCGACGGCGACCGUGGUGACCCUGGUGACCCGGGGUGCACCCUGAUGAGAGUCUAAUUUCGUAAGGAACGAGCCGAAACGGGCGACGAGGAAACCCGAGACGUCCACGGUUCCAUCGGGUCACGGUGCGAAUCCUCCCCCCUUCCCGACACCCCCGGGGUGCAUCGGCGACCGGCAGACAGAAAGGAAGGAAGGUUUCCAAGAUGGAGUGGGCUAUCCGGCUCUUCUUCGUCCUGCAGAGCGUUCUGCUCCAGCUUCUGCGUCCCGUUUUGUGGUACUUGAACCGGCAACGACCAUCUUUGGUGCCUCCACCGAAGGACUCGAUCCUGAAGAAGAGCGCCGUCGACCUGGCUGCAUGGAUCAGGAGGCGCGAGAUUACCAGCGAGGCGGUGGUAGAGGCGUACAUCUGCAGGAUGAAGGAAGUGAACCCUUUGAUAAACGCGGUGGUGGAGGACCGCUUCGAGGAGGCUCUUCGGGAUGCCAGGAGGUGCGACGAGAGACUCCGGGCUGGAGAAGUGAACGCCGUCACUCUGCGGACUCUGCAGCCUCUCUAUGGGGUCCCGUUUACGGUCAAGGAAAGCUGCUCUCUCAAAGGACUCAGCCACACUGGAUGCACUUUGGUGCGCCAAGGUACCAAGGCGCACUCGGAUGGAUCUUUCGUGGCUGCCUUGAGGAAGGCAGGAGCUAUUCCACUAUGUGUCACCAAUACUCCGGAAUUGUGCUCGGGAUUUGAGAGCGCGAAUUAUUUGUACGGCCGAACGAACAACCCCUACGACUUGAGGUGCAGCGCUGGAGGUUCGUCGGGCGGCGAGGCAGCAUUGUUGGGCGCAGGUGCUUCCCUGAUCGGCGUGGGGUCGGAUCUUGCGGGGUCCAUAAGAUUGCCGGCCUUGUUCAAUGGGGUCUUCGGCCACAAGCCGACCGCUGGAAUAAUUUCGACAAAUGGACACUACCCCAACUCCGACAGCCCGUGGUUUCGCAAAUGUCUGGUGGUCGGUCCUAUGGCGAGGUACGCAGAGGACUUGAUCCUGGCUAUGCAGAUCGUAACCUCGGAUAGCAAACAAGAUCUGAGGUUCGAUCAGCCGAUUCGUAUCGGCGACUUGAAGGUGUUUUAUGUCGAGGAUUUGGGAGAGAGUCUGGGCAGCAUCUCACCCUCCAAAGAGAUAAAGGGAUCCAUCGCAAAGGCUUCGAGGUACCUUGAAAAAUCCGGGGCCACCGUCGCCGAAGCAAGUAUUACAAUCGAUUUGGGCGACUUGGAAGACAUCGUGGAGAUUUGCUUCUCCCCGAUUUUCUGUGUCGAUAGCCUGCCUCAAAUAUUGAUCAACCCCGACGAUCCUAAGCACGAAAGGAGCUCACCCGCCGAAAUUGUAAAAUCCUUCCUGGGGUUUUCCCUGUACACCAAAUCUGCGAUCUUUAUGAAGUUAGUUAAAGACAUCCGUGGCUUCAUUCCUGUCUCUAAAGCCCCCUUCUACGAAAAAAAGGGAGAGCAGCUACGACAAAAGCUUCUCGAGACGCUCGGCAAAGACGGCGUACUUAUCUGCCCUACAUUUCCAACUGUUGCCGGUUAUCACAACAAUACCGUGCUGCAAUCAUCCGCAGCAAUUUACUGUGCGCUUUUUAACGUCUUCGGAUUUCCGUCGACGCAAGUACCGAUGGGCCUCAACGAGAACGGAAUGCCUCUGGGAUUUCAAGUCGUGGCUGCCCCAAACCAAGACAGACUGUGUCUAGCCGUAGCCAAGGAAUUGGAAAAAGGUUUCGGUGGCUGGAUUCCACCCAACGACAAAUAACAUAAUUCGCUAUAUAAAAAUAACGAUGUCCAACCGUACGAUCAUGAAACCAGUGAAGUCAGAACCUAUAAUUGCGAGUGUACAUACGCAUUAGUGAUAAGGAUUGUAAAAAUCUAAUCGGAAUGAGCAAUAGUUUAAAUAGUAAUUAGAAUCGUUACUGUGAAGAAGCCGGUGAUCUUGCGUAGAGAUCUCCACCAAGAUCGGAUCCACGACGGUGACAUCAAUACGCAUUAUGUAUGCAAACGGGUAUUUUCUAGUUGUAUAGCGCAACAAUAAAGAUAUGAUAACUA